AUAAUACACCGUCAACAUUGAAAAAAUCGAAAUUAUGAUUUGACCGUUGAGAUGAGCGAAUAUCACUUGUUCUUGACUUCAACACCGGACUUAGUAGCAAUGAUAACAGAGGUAGCCAUGUUCAAGAACAAGCCAUGCUCCACAACGCCUUCCAGAGCCGAAAUCUCAGAGCCUGCGGCCAAGGCAUCUCUGAUUGGAGUUUUGAAGUACAAAUCCACUAUGUAAUUCGAAUUAUCGGUGACGUAAGGUUUCCCACUCUCAUCCAAUCUCAAUUUGGCAUCGCAACCUUCUUCCUUGAACAGUUCCUGUAACCUCACCAAAUUGUACUUCCAACAGAACUGAACCACCUCCACCGGCAUCGCCAGCCCGCUCCCCCCGAGCCCCUCCACCAGCUUCGUGUCGUCCACAACCACCACGAACCUGUCGGACGCCGCCUCCACCAUCUUCUCACGGAGAAGCGCUCCACCGCGCCCUUUCACCAGGUUGAGGUCGGGGUCCACCUCGUCGGCGCCGUCGAUGGCCAGAUCCAGGCGAGGAUUGUCAUCGAGGACGGAGAGAGGGAUGCCGAGGGAGCGAGCCUGCUCCUCCGUGCGCUUUGAGGUUGGGACGCCGAUGAUGUCGGAGAGUUCGCCGGAGGAGAGGAGUUGGCCGAGUUUGGCGACGACGAAGGCGGCGGUGGAGCCAGUGCCGAGGCCGAGGACCAUGCCGCUCUUGACGGACUCGACGGCCUUGUCGGCGGCGAGCUUCUUGAGGUCGUCUUGGGUUAGGGUUAUGGCUCGAACGCGGAGAGAGUUAGGUCUGGUGCGCAGUUUAAGGGAGUUCGGAGUGCGUAGGAUAAGGCGCGUGGAUGCAUUGUGGUGUGCGGAGGAGAGUGAUGGAGGCGAUGCAAUUGAUGAUAAGGAGGCCAUUGAGUGGCACUGUUAUUGAAUUCCAACACAAACUGAGUUGUGGUUUUUGAGAAUAUUGGAAGAGAAAAAAAGUGGGCCUUUUUUCUUCACUCACUUUCUAAUUGCUAAUUGCUUUCUAUCUGCUUUCAAUGGUUGGUGGGUAAAGCCACUCUCUCUCCAGGUUUGCCUUGCUUGGCCCUUUUUUAUUAUUACUCUAUCUCUUCUAUUCCAGCCAAUAUUUAUUAUUUUCUAUUUUUAAAUCUAUUGUUAUUUAUCUUAUAUCUUUUAUGUAUCACAAUCUUUGUUUUGAGAUCUGUUUCUCAUUAGUCAAACUUUUUAAUAAUUUUUAAAGUACGAUUCAAUUAGAAUUCAAAGGAUUUAUUUUCAUCUUUUUAAUAAGAAUUUGAUUCGCAAAUGUAUAUGCAACUUUAAGUUGGGUUGUAAAUUGUGAUAUGUAUCUUUUAUUUGAAUUAGAAUGAGAAUACUUUUUAAAAAAAAAUAAUUUUACUAAUCUUCUUCGUUUUCCUUUUCUUCUUCUAAACUCUAAACAUAAGGUUAUUGAGAUUGGAAAGAUAGAUUUGCUGUAAAUCCGGGGUUGAAAAGCGCAGCUGUUUUCAUCUUAUGAAAUUGGAUUUGGAACUGUUUAUUUGCGGGCUUCCUUGUAGUCGUUAAUAUAGAUUUUUAAAAUUAAAAAAUCAUAAAAAAGUAAAUAUUUAAUAUAGAAGAAAUCACGUAAUAUAAUGAAAAAGAAAAUAUUAAAAAUAUUCUCAAUUAAGAUAAUUUUAAAAGUUUGAGAGUAAGAAUUCACAUAUAAUAAAUAAAAAUAGAUAAUGGUAAGUUAUUAGAUACAAAUGGAGGAAUUUAACAUGUAACAUAUAAGAACUCAACGCAUGGUAAUACUUUCCUUAAUACCCGCAUUAACAAAAGCAAAUUUUUUUAUUUUUUAUCAUAACCACAUACCAAAGAGUUCUGCACCCAAAAAAAAAAAAAACACGUAUUAAAUUAUCCAAAAAAUUUUGAAUAUCUUGAAAAUAUAUUGAAAUCUUAUCUUUAUUAUAUCUGGAGUAAUUAAUCAAUCUACUUUUUGAUUGUAUAUCCUAACGUAAUAUAUCUGAAAAUAGGCAAGAAUAUAGAUUGUGUUUGUUAAUAUAUAUUUGACGCGUUGGUUCUUGCUACCGCACACACUCGCAUACCUGCAAGCUGCAAAUCAACAUGGAGAGCGCACUGCACAGUUCUGGCGAUCAAACCCUUCAGGAAUUCUUCAAAGUUUUCUUGCUCAAGACUGGUUCUGCCCAGUUGCAAAUACCAAAAUCAUUCACCAAGUUCUUCAAUGGAACCACACCAUGCAAGGCCACUCUUGUAGACCAAGAUAUAAACUCUAGGGAUGAUAUUUGCUUGGAGAAAGUCGAGGAUCGCUUGGUUUUCAAAAGCGGGUGGGAGCAAUUUGCUAAGGAGAAAGGUUUAGAAGAAGGGGACUUCUUGGUUUUUCAGUAUGAUGGAAACUCUUCGUUUUAUGUGAAGAUAUUUUCGAAAACUGGGUGCAGGAAAGUAGCCGCACCUCCACCUCCACCUGCACCUGCAUGUUGCGAAAAAGUUGCUGUUCCCAUUGUGAUUUUGGAUGAAGAUUCUAAUCUGAAUAGUAAGAAAAACCGGCGGGGUCGUAAACGGAAAAAUCUAUCAACAACAGUCCUUAAAACAAAUGAGAAUAAAAAACCAGUGUUAGAGGGUCCUUCUGAAGGUGCUCAGAGCAAAUUAAAUGGAGUUAAAGAAGAAAAUGUUAACCGCUAUGAGAUGAAACCUGAUCUGGCAAACUUGGAUCCACCGUGGAACCCUCAUUUUUCGAUAUGCUUAACUGCAUGGAAACUGAAUAGAGUGGAAAUUCCUAGACUAGUGCUGAAGAAAUUUAAUAUCAUUCUGACCCCAAGGAUAAGUAUAAGAGAUGAGAAUGACAAUUUAUGGCCGGUGGCGAUCAUCACCACGGCACCUGCCGUCGUCAUUUUUUGUCCGAUGGAUGGUCCAAUUUCAGGCGGAGCAACAACAUUCACGAAGGUCAAUGGUGUGAUUUUCAGUUUGUUAUUGACAAAGCAAACAUAACUCAAGAACUGCUUGUGCGUGUACGUGCCAUAUCAAAAAUGCCUAAAGAUAUUAAAUGUUAGUAUGGGCUGUAUCACCAUUCCACAUAUUCAUUUAGGCAUGGCUUUUCAACUUUUUUUAUAUAACCUUAUAGUUUGUUAUUUUCUUUUCGUUAAAAUUAGAAAGGGUCUCACCCUUCAGUUUUGUUAUUGUACGUUAGCUUAGUUUUCAAGGUUACAUAGAAUAUAGCUUGCAUCUGGAGAGAUGAGGAUAUGUUGCCUUUGGUUUUUAUAUUCUUUUACUUGUACAUUCGUUAAAUUUUUUAUCAUUAAUAUUCAGAUCAAGCCAUUCAUU